AUGGCGACAGUGCUGUCCAGGGCGCUCAAGCUCCCGGGGAAGAAGAGCCCAGACCUAGGGGAGUAUGAUCCCCUCACGCAGGCCGACAGCGAUGAGAGUGAGGACGAUCUUGUGCUUGACUUGCAGCAGAAGAACGGAGGGGUCAAAAAUGGGAAGAGUGCUCUGGGGGAAGCCCCAGAGCCUGACUCAGAUGCCGAGGUGGCAGGGACCGCAAAGCCACAUGUUUCAGAGGGCCCCGCAGAGGGGUACCCCUCGGAACCCCUCGGAGGCCUGGAGCAGAAGACAACCUCGUCCCUCGUGUCCUACGUACGCACAUCUGUGUUUCUGCUGACCUUGGUGAUCUCGAUGGUCCUGGUGCUCGUAUGUGCGUUCCUGAUCCCCUGUCCCCCCAGAGAUCUGCACAGCACCUGGAGCCGCCACUUGGGCCCCCAGGGAGGUGGGGACUUGUCUCCAUUGGCGUUGGCCGAUGUGAAUGGAGAUGGCCUGCGGGAUGUGCUUCUCUCCUUUGUAACUUCACGGAAUGGCAGUGCCGUUGGUGUCUCAAGGCCUCCUGCUGUUCUCGUGUGCCUUUCGGGGAUGAACGGCAGCACGCUCUGGUCUAGUCCUCUCGCUGAGGAGGCUCGAGAUAUUACAUGUUUGGAUCUGAUGCCAGGAAGCAUGGCCGGGACCAUCUGCCUUGUGACAGGGAUGCACAAGAUGUUCAGCUCAUUCAAUGCAACAUCAGGGAAAGCCAUUUGGACUUUACACCCAAACUACCUAUCCAACAGCACCCUGGCUGCCCCAGGGGUAGUACUGCCAGAUGUGGAUGAAGAUGGCAUUCGAGAUCUUGUGGUUCUGGCUGUUGGGGAAUCACAGCAGGAUCUGUGCUUUCUGCUGGUGUCUGGCCGGACAGGGAGUCCAGUGGGCCGAGCUGUGAAGUACAACAUCGUGGGAGUGGGGAAUCUGAUUGGUCCUCAGGUCUACAUCACUGCAAAUGGGGCUGUCUACAUCCUGUUUGGCUUUGGAAAUAUCCAAGCUGUCACCCUGCGGGACAUUUUUGUUCAGGCCCAAAAUCGAGACAGCGCGCCACCUUCUCUGCAGAUGGAAGAGCCGGAAUGGGAGAAGCGACGAUCCAUCAACCUGUCAGAACUCAUUGACAUUUACAGCGACGGUGUUGAGCUGCUCCAGAUGGUGAAGGCACCGGAUUCCAACAGCAGCAACCUCCUGAUCACAACCAGACAGGCCCUGGUCCUGCUCCGGGGGCAGAACCUCACACCGCACUGGACCCUGAGUCUUCCGGGCCUACCCAGCCAGCCCACUCCUGGGUAUUUCACUGACGAUCAGACGUUAGACUUCCUCCUGCAGAUACAGGAUGGAGUCGGGAUGAAAAAGAUGAUGGUGGUGGAUGGGGACUCUGGCUCUGUUAUUUGGAAUUACACUGCUCCAAGUCACUUGAAAAGAACACCAACCACCUCCGCAGUUACUUCGGACCAGAAGUCCGUCUUCCUCUUUUGGGCUGAAGGGCUGCCAGUUCCCCCCUCCAAUUCCGAUGUUCUCCUGGGAACCGAGCCACCCAGCCUUUACCACCUUUACCUCCUGCACCCGGCGUUCCCCUCCAUUCUUCUGGAUCUGGCCAAUGCCACGGGCACAGUGACGGCUGCAGAGGUUGGAAUUAACGACAUCUGGAAAGAUGCCUUUUAUGUUACCAGGACAACGGGGCCAAGCUCCAGAGGCCAUCCAGCACCCCUGGUGGUCAGCAAGCUAAGUCUGCGGUGGGCAGUGAUGGAGGGCCAAAUGGUCCAGCUAAAGGAGACCACCCCAAAAAUUGGCCGUGGGGAGCUGCGACGAUUCCUCUCUAGGAUCAAGUUUGUUGAUUCUCCCUUGCAGAUCUAG